AAAAGUCACAUGUGUGCUCGUGUAGGCAGCACGAGAGGUACAUGUGUGUUGUAAUACAUUUCGCAAAUAAGUUAGUCGUUAAAUUUCUAGCGGUGUUCUAGAAAGCAACAGGAUAAACGGACGGAAGGUUUUUAAUAGAAAAAUACCUUUGUAGGAGUCAAGUAUGGGCAGGAAGUUGGAUCCCACCAAUAAGGUGAAAAGAGGACCUGGACGCAAAUCCAGGAAACAAAAAGGAGCAGAGACUGAGCUGGCCAGUUUCUUGGUUGAGGAAAAUGAACCAAAAAAAUUGUCAAGCAGAGGAAAGAAACGUGCUAUAAAGAGAGCUCAAGUGAAGGAACACAAAAAAGAGCAAAAGGCCAUUAAAGCCCAAAAGCCCAAAAAAGGAUUCUCAGAUGAAAAUAGUCAGUGGCUGAAACCUGCGCAGAGAAAACGAAAGAUUGAAGAACCUGCUGAAGAUGAGGAGAGUGACAGCCAGUGGGAAGAGGACGACAGCGAGGAGGAGGGUGUCCUUUUCAAAAAGCAAAUAAAAGGGGAAGAUGAUGAUGAUGAUGAUGAUGAAGAAAUGGUUGAUGAUUACGGUGCAGAUGAAGGGGAUGAGGAGGAUAAACAAGACAGUGAUGGAGAAGAGCUUCUUCCAAUUGAGAAAGCAGCAAGAAAACAGAAAAAACGUCAACUCAAUCAACAAGAGAGUAUUGAAGAUGACGACGAUGAUGAUGAUGAUGAUGAUGAUGAUGAGGAGAUGAGUACUGAAGAAGCUGAAAAGAUAAAGCAGCAGAAGGGGAAUGACGACGAUACUGUGCAGGCAAUCUUUGAUGAGAAUGAUGAAAAAUUCAUACUUCCAUCUGCUGCAGAUAGACAGAAAGAGGGUCUUUUACCUAUGGACCUGAAGACCAUCUAUCAGAGGAUCAAAGAUAAUGUGGAUGUUUUGACUCACUUCACUGAGAAGCGAGAGGAGGGCAAAGAGAGAUCAGAGUAUCUCUCACUCCUGCGGUCUGACCUCUGCAUCUAUUACAGCUACAAUCAGUUCCUUAUUAGCAAACUAAUGGACCUGUUCCCACUUUCUGAGCUCAUUGAAUUUCUGGAAGCCAAUGAAAUACAGAGGCCAGUCACCAUCAGAACCAACACUUUAAAGACCAGGCGGAGAGACUUGGCUCAGGCUCUGAUUAACAGAGGUGUAAACUUGGAUCCGAUAGGGAAAUGGUCUAAAGUGGGACUGGUCAUCUAUGACUCCUCUGUCCCCAUAGGAGCGACUCCAGAAUAUUUGUCAGGGCAGUACAUGCUGCAGGGAGCAUCUUCAUUUCUGCCUGUUAUGGCGCUAUCUCCCCAGGAGGGGGAGCUAGUGUUAGACAUGAGCUCUGCUCCAGGAGGCAAAACUACAUAUAUGGCUCAAUUAAUGAGGAACACAGGCACGAUCGUGGCUAAUGAUUUGAAUGCGGACCGAUUGAAGAGUGUUGUGGGAAACAUUCAUCGCCUUGGUGUCACUAAUGCUAUCAUCUGCAACUAUGACGGCAGACAGUUUCCUACGGUGAUGGGAGGUUUUGACAGAGUGCUGCUGGAUGCUCCUUGCUCAGGUACAGGAGUCAUCUCCAAAGAUCCAGCUGUGAAGACCAGCAAGGAUGAGGCUGAUAUUCACCGCUUGGCUCACCUGCAAAAGGAGCUCCUCCUUGCAGCCAUUGACUCUGUCAACGCUGACUCACGUACUGGUGGAUACCUCAUCUACUGCACUUGCUCUAUUAUGGUGGAUGAGAACGAGUGGGUGGUGGAUUAUGCUCUGAAGAAGAGAAAUGUAAAGCUGGUACCCACAGGACUGGACUUCGGCAAUGAGGGAUUCACCAGAUUCAAAGAGAGACGGUUUCAUCCCUCCCUCAAACUAUCAUGCCGAUUCUACCCUCACUCUCACAACAUGGAUGGAUUUUUUGUAGCCAAGUUCAAAAAGUUCUCCAACCUCAUCCCCACUGCGCCAAUAGAAACCGAGAAUGAAGUAGAAUCUACAGCAAUGAAGACUGGAGCCCCAUCAGAGAAGAUUCAGAAAACUGAAAAGAUUGAAUCUAAAGAGCAGGCGCCAACUUCAACUCCUGUGAAGAGCUCCACGGGCAUGAAGAAGAAAUUAAGACCGGAUAAAGCUCAGGCACCCAUUAUUAAGAGAAAGCCAGGGGGAAAGCCUGACAGUAAAAAAACAGAGGGCCCUAAAAAGGCCAAAAUUGCCAAACUGGAUGGAGAAGCUUCAAAAAAGAGUCCGAAGUUCAACAAGAAGCAGAAGACCAAUGGUGAGGCUAAGAAAGAGGUAGCUGGGGAGAAGAAAGUGGGAAGUCCGUUCGAGAAGAAGAAAAACAGAAGAAACAAAAAGAACUUGGUGAAUAAGAACAGAUUGGGGAAAAACAAAUUUAAGGAUUUAAAAAAGAUGCUUGGGCAGAAGGAAAGUGGAGAGUGAAAUUCACUCAGGUUUCAUAAUGAAAUGUGUCGGCUGUCAAUCAUUUGACAUCACUCAAGAUCUGACUGAUGAGGACUCAAAGAUCAUUAUUUCCAAACCUAAAAAAAUGUUCAUGAUCUUGUGUAUAGACUUUUGUCUACCUUACGUCUUGGAUAUUACCUUAUCCUUGUUGUUAUACAUUUUAUAAAACUAGUUCAUUGUUCAUUUUAUGUACUUUGUUUCGAAAAAAGUAACUAAGAUGUUGCAAAGGAAUGUGGGCGUUUGUCAAAAAUCUCUUCCUCUGUACGUUUUUUUUUCUCUUGCACAGAUUAAAAAGAACCUUUAAAAAAAGAGGCCUGGUGCCAUUUUGAUAAAGUGAAUCCUGAGACCUUUAAACGCUGUUGCCUUCCCUGAGCAGAGCGGGACUAACCUGACCUGACUUCUUCUGUCAGGCUUUUAUCUCGUCACCUCAGAAAUCAGAUCAAAAACCGUUGAGGCAGAAGUGAAAGGUUUCUUCAGUUUGAGUGCAUCAUGACUGCUAGUCCAAAACACCUUUUGACUUCACGUCGCUUACCUGCCACCACGGAGCAUUUAUCAGCACUGAAACUUCUCCGGGUUGAAGCGGCCAAACGCUUGCUGUGUGAACUUGAGCAAACGUGCAAUCACCUCUUCCCACCCUUUUGGCCAAGUGCCGUGUAACCAUGGCAACGUACUUAUCGUAUUGUGUGUUGCAAACCCCUGCGCACGUACACUCCGAAGUGCUCCGAGCUUGCGUAAAAUACUUCUGUCUACACAAAAGAUGGACCAAAACGCCAUAAUUAUCGCCGCUUUGUUCAUCCCCAAAGCUGUUAUACAUAGCGCGCGUGUAGGCAAAGCGUUUACUUUAAUCACGUUGCGGUGAUUGCUUGCAAGGAGAUAAUUUAAGUUUGUGCCUGAAGGGUGAAGGGUAAACGAAACCAUUCAUUGGGUCUGUGGGUGGAGCGGUUUUGACCGGCCCAGUUUGACAUCAGUCUGAUUAAACCCUAUUGUAGACGAGUAAUUAUGAUGAUCACCUUUACGUUUAUGAUUGUCCAGUGCAUCUCAUUAGGAGUUUUGCUAUAUUACAGCACUGAUUUUAGCAGAUAUAGUUUGUCACUCAUUUGUUCAUGCAAACUUUGCAGGCUAGAUUAAAUUGUGAGGCUUUCUAAAACAAGCAUAUUUUUACAUACAUUUUAUAAAUUUCAUAAGAUGAUAGUUUUUACCAAAUGUUUUACCUUACUGAUAGGUCGGAUGUCAAUCAUGUUCUAUUUUUGUGUGUGUUUUUAAAGCACAGUUGUUUAAGUUAAUUUAAUUGUCAACCAUAACAGUCCAUAUCCCGUAUAAAUGGGCACAUAAAAAUAAACUAGAGACUUUUUUAUUUUCUAUAAAUGGCCAUCCAUUCUCCUGUUGUUGAUUGUUGUAUCUGCUUUGCACCGUUUAAUUCACAGAAAUUAUACAGUGUCGUCUCUCAAAAACAUGCAUUAUUUUUUUGUCUCGUCCAUAACACAUGAGUUUUCCCUCUAAAAAUGUAAAACUCGUGCAUAGACUUAUAUUUUUCUGAUGUCUGCUUAGUCACCAGAGGUUUAGUCAAAUAUAGAAUUUAAUUAUUACAUUGUUAAUAUACUGUACAUUCCAUGAGGAAUUAUAUUUCACUAUUAUUUUCUGAGAAUGUGACAUUCAUAAUACUGGAAUUGCUCAAAUGCACAUAACUGAUUCAGCAUUGUUUGUGAUGCAGGCAUGAGUGAAUGAUGCAUCAAAUCCUGCAGGAGUGAGUUUCUAAGCAAUUAGUCUUUUGUUCAUCAACUUAGAAGAAAUAAAAUGCUUCGAGAACCCUAUCUGACCUGAAAGAAUGUCUUAAAUCUAAUCUAGGGACCAGUGCGACAGGGACUUUGUGUAAUGAGCAACUACAUGGCAACACCCAUGCCACAUUGUCGACACAUGCUGUUUUGGAAUGGUCCAUCUUUUCAUUGCUGUCUUUUCUAAUAGUGAAAAAGAGUUUUCCAAGAUGCUGCGACAUUGCACAGCCUCCAGUCUAAAUUUUAUGAAAAAACCUGAUUUUAUACCUCACAGAUGACUACAUAUCACAACAGCAUGCAACGCGAUAUACACACUAUCCUUGCAAAUGCAGUCAACUUUCUCUUGUCUUGAGUGUACAUUGUAGUGGAACAGAAAACAGCUUCUGAUCAGGCAUCUAUGUAUACAUCUCUAUGGCAACACCCUUGUCAGCAUCGCAGCAUGUUGAUUUUUUAUGACUUCCUAGUUUCUAGUAGUUUCACAGUUUUUUUCAAAUGUUACA